GUCGCAAGCCAGAGGAUGACUGCAGAUGUUUACUACUGCAUGAGCUAAGUCGUCUGUGUUUCAUCAAACCACGGUUAUGCGAACGGUAUGAUGUAAAAGGUGGAAGAUAUAUCUGGGAUUUCAUUGCAUUUGGGAUAUUGCAACUCAGAACAGUCGGAACAUCAGCCAUAAGAAUGCGGAGUCGGAGCAACUCGGGUGUCAGAUUGGAUGGAUUCGCCAGGCUCGUGCAGGAGACAAUUUUGUGUCAUCAGAAUCCAGUGACAGGCCUUCUACCGGCCAGUGCCCAACAGAAGGAUGCCUGGGUCAGGGACAAUGUGUACAGCAUACUGGCCGUGUGGGGACUGGGCAUGGCCUACCGGAAAAAUGCUGACCGCGAUGAAGACAAGGCUAAGGCCUAUGAACUUGAACAGAGUGUCGUCAAGCUGAUGCAAGGCCUUCUGCAGUGUAUGAUGAGACAGGUGGCAAAGGUCGAGAAGUUCAAACACACCCAGAGCACCAAGGACUGCCUGCAUGCCAAGUACCACACUGGCACCUGUGCCACUGUUGUUGGGGACGAUCAGUGGGGGCACCUGCAGGUGGACGCCACCUCCCUCUAUCUGCUCUACCUGGCACAGAUGACCGCCUCAGGCCUGCACAUAAUUUCAAACUUGGAUGAAGUGGCUUUCAUCCAGAACUUGGUUUUCUACAUUGAGGCUGCGUAUAAAGUUGCUGACUAUGGCAUCUGGGAGAGAGGGGACAAAACCAAUAAGGGGAUCCCAGAGCUCAAUGGAAGUUCUGUGGGAAUGGCAAAGGCUGCCCUGGAGGCCAUUGAUGAGCUGGACUUGUUUGGCGCUCACGGCGGGCCCAAAUCAGUUAUUCAUGUACUACCAGACGAGGUGGAACACUGCCAGUCUAUUCUGUGCUCCAUGCUUCCGAGGGCCUCCACAUCAAAGGAGAUCGAUGCUGGACUUCUGUCAGUCAUCUCUUUCCCUGCGUUUGCUGUGGAGGAUGCCGACCUGGUGAAUCUGACAAAGGGAGAGAUCAUCUCCAAGCUGCAGGGUCGGUAUGGUUGCUGCCGAUUUAUUAGAGAUGGAUACAGGACUCCAAAGGAGGACCCCACCCGCCUCCAUUAUGAUCCCGCUGAGCUGAAGCUUUUUGAGAACAUUGAGUGUGAAUGGCCAGUGUUUUGGACCUACCUCAUUAUAGACGGGGUUUUCAACGAAGACCACGUGCAGGUUCAGGAGUACAGAGAGGCUCUGGAUGAAGUCCUGAUCCGUGGGAAGAACGGGAUCCGACUGGUGCCUGAGCUCUACGCUGUACCUGCAGAAAAGGUGGAGGAGGAGUACCAGAGCCCUCACACAGUGGACAGAGUCGCUGCUGGCCAACUACCUCACCUGUGGGGACAGUCCCUUUACAUCAUAAGCUGUCUGCUAGCAGAGGGAUUCUUGGCUCCAGGAGAGAUAGAUCCUCUCAACAGGAGAUUCUCCACCUGCUUCAGACCUGAUGUUGUUGUGCAGGUGAGUGUGGUGUCAGAGACUGACCAGAUCCAGGCACUGCUGAGGAACCACGCCAUUGAUGUGGAGACGGAGUCUGAGGUGCAGCCCAUUCGGAUCAUGCCCGCUCGGAUACUCAGCCUUAUCUACGCCAAACUGGGGAACUGCAAGAAGCUGAAUUUGACUGGUCGACCUUACAGGCAUAUUGGGGUUUUGGGAACUUCAAAGUUUUACGAGCUGAGAAAUCGUACCUAUGCGUUCACGCCUCAGUUCAUUGACCAGCACCAUUUCUACCUGGCGCUGGAUAAUCAGAUGAUAGUGGAGAUGUUGCGUAAUGAGCUCGCCUACCUCUCCAGCCGUUGGAGAAUGACUGGAAGGCCAACUCUGACCUUUCCCAUCACCAAGAGCAUGCUAGUGGAUGAAGGUGAAAGCAUUGACCCAUGUAUCCUGUCCACCCUGAGAAAGUUACAAGAUGGAUACUUUGGAGGGGCAAGGGUCCAGAUGGGAACUCUGUCCAGCUUCCUCACCACCUCCUUUCACACCCAGCUCAGCUUUAUGGACACAGACUCAGAUGACAACUUCCUGGAGGAUGAGGAGGACGAGGAAGAUGAUGAGGAGGAAGAAGAGAGUUAUGCUACUGCAGUGGGCAGCGCCAGGAAGGACCUGUUUGAUCAGUACCUCACGGAUCUUGUGCAGAGCACUGAGGCCAAAAGUCAUCUCCCUCCCAUCCAGAGGGGGCAGCACCAUGUCUUCAGUGCAGAGCACACUACCAGAGAUAUCCUGUCCUUCAUGGCUCAGGUCCAGGGCCUCAACAUCCCCAAAGCUUCAAUGUUCUUGCCUGUUACCUCUGUGAUGAAUAAGCACCGCAAGUCUUUGAACCUGCUGGUGGUGCCUCAGCACCAUCACCACCCCACACCACCAGCGAAGGCACACAGCGCUGAUCUGCACCUGCCACGUGAUGCUCAGGGGAACACGGACUUCGCCUCGCUGGUCAGACAGUUGAAGGAGUGUCCCACUCUCCAGGACCAGGCCGAUAUCCUCUACGUCCUCUAUGCCAUGAAGGGACCAGACUGGAUUGUAAAUUUGUCUGGGUCUGGUGGUGGGGCCACUGUACGCUCCCUGAUCGAGGAGCUGUAUGUCAGGGCUGGAUCAAGCAAGGAGUGGGGUCUUAUCCGAUACAUAUCUGGCAUCUUGCAUAAGAAGGUGGAGGUUCUUGCUGAGGCAUGCACUGACCUCAUCUCCCACCAGAAGCAGCUAACAGUGGGCCUCCCCCCAGAGCCGCGAGAGAAAGUCAUCUCCGCUCCUUUACCACCCGAGGAACUCAACACAUUGAUCUAUGAGGCCAGUGGACAAGACAUCAGCAUUGCAGUCCUUACUCAGGAGAUCAUGGUGUACUUGGCCAUGUAUAUCCGCUCGCAGCCGGCCCUCUUUGGGGACAUGUUGCGCCUGCGCAUCGGCCUCAUCAUGCAGGUGAUGGCCACAGAGUUGGCCCGCAGCCUCCACUGCUCUGGUGAGGAGGCCUCUGAGAGCUUGAUGAACCUCAGUCCAUCAGACAUGAAGAACUUGCUCCAUCACAUCUUAAGUGGGAAAGAGUUUGGGGUGGAGAGGAGUGUGCGGCCACUUGAGUCCACGGCGACCAGCCCAGCCAUCUCCAUUCAUGAGCUGGGGCAUACUGGAGCCACCAAGACCGAGCGCACUGGCAUCAGAAAACUGAAGAGUGAGAUCAAACAGCUGGAUGAUUCGAGGCCUGCAAGCAUCUUCAGCAGCUCCUACUCCAUCAGCAGCAAUGUCACGUCCCCCCGCUCUACGAGAUGCAGCAGCCCCUCCACCCCCAGUGGCAUCCUGUCCCCCACUGGCUCCCUGGACCCGCAGCUGGCCUGGGAGGAGCGGCAGGGCCAGUGGCUGCGGCGCCGGCGUCUGGACGGAGCCAUCAACCGCGUGCCCAUGGGUUUCUACCAGAAGGUCUGGAAGAUUCUGCAGAAGUGCCACGGCUUGUCCAUCGCUGGCUACGUGCUGCCAUCCUCCACCACACGAGAGAUGACUGAGGGCGAGAUCAAGUUUGCGGUGCACGUUGAGUCGGUGCUGAACCGCGUUCCCCAGCCGGAGUACCGGCAGCUCCUGGUGGAGACCAUCAUGGUGUUGACACUGGUGGCAGACAUGGAGAUCCAGAGCAUCGGGGGCAUCAUCCACAUCGAUCGCAUCGUUCACUCAGCCAAUGAGCUGUUUCUGCAGGACCAGAUUGCCCAAGGGGCCUGUGAGUUCUUCCUGGAGAAAGACACGGCCACAGGGAUCUGCAACUUCUUCUACGACAGUGCACCCAGUGGGAGCUACGGUACCAUGACGUACGUGUCAAAGGCCGUCAUGAGCUAUGUGCACGACUUCUUACCCAACACCACCUGCUUGAUGCAGUGAGAGGAUGAAAAUCUCCCAGCACGAGCGCCUCGGCCAGUAUCAGCACUACAGUAGGAGACGGUUCAGAUGAUGUUCAUACAUUUUAUGUUCAAUUUAACGGUCAUUUGUUUUCAAUGAAAAUACAAGAAUGUAUUUCAUCGUUUCUGCUAACUGGGAACCAAAACACACAGUAUUGACCAGGUUACUUUAUAGAGUGAUAUAAAUGCAUUUAUGCAUGUAGAUAUUUCUCAAACAGUCGAUGAACUAUAUGUUUGUGUAUAACCACCCUCAUAUGCAAUGCAUAACUCAGGGCUGUAGUCAAGACCACCUUUGUCGAGUCCAAGACAAGUC